ACUGCUAAAAAUAAAAUCGACAUUGGCUUCUGUCUUUGUUUAUUUACGAAAUAGUUGUUUUGUUAUCGAAACGAUUUAUUACCAAUUUUAAGUCGUAUAUACAAGAGAAUAAACAAAACAUGGUUUAUAAUGUUUUUCAGACAAUAAUAUAAUUUCCAAUCUCUGUAAAAAUGGCAGAGUUGAGAAGAAAUAAUUUAUUUUCGCAUAUCUAUAACUCUCCUUACGAAUGCAUUAAAAAGUUUCAGCUGUUUGAUGCUGCAAAAAACAGCAGAGACUUUGUUCAGAAAUUGCAACUUCAAAGAAAAAUACCUGUUCAUUCUGGAUGUGUGAACAGUAUUUGUUGGAAUGAAAAUGGGAGUUAUAUUUUAUCUGGCUCUGAUGAUCAAAGAUUAGCAAUCGUCAAUGGUUAUGACUAUUCGGUACUAUUUUUUAAAGUUAAAAUCUCUCUUUUUGUUCAGGAUGUUUUGAUCAAUUGUCAAGCACCAGUGACUUCACUUGCUGUAAAUCCUCUUAUACCAUAUCAACUGGCAGUUGGAUCUGCUGAUGCUUCCGUCCGCAUAUUUGAUCGCAGAAUGCUAUCUACUCAAAGUGCUGGUGUUCGUGUCAGCAAUGGCUUUCAAGCUCUUAUGACUUGCUUUACUGUGCCUGAAUUUGAACAAAGCAGAAGAAUAACUUCAUUGUGUUACAGUUCUGAUGGUCAAGAAAUGCUUGUUAGCUAUUCAUCAGAUUACAUUUACCUGUUUGAUGUGAAGGAUGAUUUUGAAAAGACUCCUAAAAUUCUAUGUAAAGAUGGGCCAUCUACUUCAAGUGAUCCAGAUAAUGAUUCUGGUUUAUCUUUCCGUGGACGACCUUUAAUGAAAAGACUAAGAAUAAGAGGCGAUUGGUCUGAUACUGGUCCCAAUGCUCGGCCUGAAUCUGAAGCUCGAGAACUUCUUCCUGAAAAUACAUCUAGAAAUAGCAUAGUGCGCACAAUGACUGAUAUUUUGACAAGAAUGUUCAAUAACACUAGUCAGAACACUGAAAGAUCUGAGGCAUCUCACUCAGCAUCAGCAUCAUCACACGGAUCUUCAUCUGAAGACAUUGAUGCUGCUUCAGAUGAAGACAGAGCAUUAGUAGAGCCAUCUACCCAACAAGAACCUGCAGUAUUUGAAAACCAACCAAUGGAUAUCGAUAGUUCAGAGCCAGUGAAUCAUCAGAAUGAACCAUCAGAUCUUCAAACUGAGGAUUUGGCACAAGGAUCAUCAAUUCAAAAUCCCAGUGAAGAUAACCAUGAUAGUGUGCCAUCAAUUACUUAUAGUGCCUUUGAAAGUGAUAGACUUACUGAAAAUGUUACACAAACUGUUGAAACAAAUAAUGAAAGAAAAACUUGUGAUAAAAACCCCAGUGAUUUGAAAAUGGAUAUGGACAAUACUGAAGAAAACCCGAAUCAUGAGGCUUUAACUUCUCUGCCAGGAUGUUCUUCUGAUUCUGCAGAUAAUUAUGAUGAUAUUAAAGCAAGUUUAGAAUCUAGGAGAAAGGAUUUGAUCGAAAGGCAUGGUUCUGAACCAAUGGUGAACUUACAUUACUCUGGUCAAAGUGUAAACAGUGGCCUUAUUACAAUGGAUGUAGCCACCUCUAGUACACCAAAUGAAAGGCAAUGGUUAGAACAAACUGCAUCAGAAUUGCCUGAGCUUCCAUCUUAUGAAGAAUCUUCUCAUCCUCAAACAUCAGUAGUUCAUCAUACGCCUGCAAAUCUAUUAUCUGGUUCUGAUAGUGAGACUGAAGCUGCAGUACAAACUAUUCAACCAAACAGUAAUCUACCCACAAUUCAAUCAGACACUAGCAGACCUUUGACUUUCACUGAACGAGCAGAUGCCGCUGAAGAUGAAUUAGAAUUAAUGGUUGAAGUUGAUUCUUGUUCUUGGGAUAGUGAUGAAGACAAUGCUAGAGGCAGACAAGGAUCACCCAGUCGCAGAAACAGAAGAACAAGAUGUGAUAGGCAUUCUGACGACUUUAUGUGUUCACUCAAUGAAAAAGUCAAAGCUGCUAAUGAUGAACUUAAGAGAGAAGAAGUUACCCUGCAAAAUGUUACUCAACCCAGAGUGAAGAGAAAGUAUACAGGCCAUAGAAAUGCAAGAACCAUGAUCAAAGAAUCAACAUUUUGGGGUGAUAAUUUUAUAAUGAGUGGUUCUGACUGUGGUCACAUAUUUAUUUGGGAUAGAUAUACUGCAGAAUUAAUUAUGCUAAUGGAAGCCGAUCACCAUGUUGUAAACUGCUUACAACCUCACCCUUUCGACCCUAUCCUUGCAUCGAGUGGUAUAGAUAAUGAUAUUAAACUAUGGGCACCCACUAGAGAAGAACCUUUCUUUGAUGUGGACAAAGCUAAUGAGAUUAUCAAACGAAAUGAAGUUAUGCUAGAAGAGACAAAAGAUACCAUUACUGUUCCAGCAUCUUUCAUGUUUCGUAUGUUUACAUCAUUAAGCAAUUUUAGAACUGGGCGAGCAUAUAGAUGGAGUCGUGCAGCAAGAGAAAUGCGAGCUGCUCGGGAGAGAGAAAACCAAGAAGCUGGCAGACGAUGAUGGACUUUGCCUUAUUUUUGAAUAUUUUAAAUCUGCAUUUUGCUGUUUGUUUAAAAUCUAUGCAUUUUUGUUUAA